GAUGCCAGUCUCUUCAGAAAGGCUUAGUCCCCAGUUUGAGUCAGAGCUAGGGACCAUGCCGUCCCAGGCUCAGGGAUAAAAACCAUCGGGCCCAAGUGCCAUCCAUAUUCCAUCUCCACUCUUUCCUCCACAAACUGGGACUCAUCCCCGCUGCAAAGCACAGCCUAAGAGCAAGGGAACGGAAGACCAUGCUUUCACAUAAUACCAUGGUGAAGGAGAGAAAACAGCAAGCAUCAGCCAUCAUGAAGGAAAUCCAUGGAAAUGGAAUGUAACCUUUCACCUGAACACUAUUGAGACCUAGAGGCAUGAGAUCUGGUGGGGGCAGCCGGGAACAGGGUUUAAAUCAUGUGUUGGAUUCUACUCUAUGUUAGUCCUGACAUAGACCUACAAGGAUGUAGAUGGCAUGCACCUGGGCAAAAAAGUCAGCAUCCCCAGAGACAUCAUGUUGGAAGAAUUAUCCCAUCUCAGUAACCGUGGCGCCAGACUAUUUAAGAUGCGACAAAGAAGAUCUGAUAAAUACACAUUUGAAAAUUUCCAGUAUGAAACUAAAGCACAAAUAAAUCACAACAUUGCCAUGCAGAAUGGGAAACUGGAUGGAAGCAACUUGGAAGGUGGCUCACAGCAAGCCCCAUUCACCCCUCCCAACACUCCGGAUCCACGAAGUCCCCCAAAUCCAGAAAACAUUGCACCAGGAUAUUCUGGACCACUUAAGGAAAUUCCUCCUGAAAAGUUCAACACCACGGCUGUCCCUAAGUACUAUCAGUCGCCCUGGGAACAGGCCAUUAGCGAUGAUCCGGAGCUUUUAGAGGCUUUAUACCCUAAAUUUUUCAAGCCUGAAGGAAAAGUAGAACUGCCUGAUUACAGGAGCUUUAACAGAGUUGCCACCCCAUUUGGAGGUUUUGAAAAAGCAUCAAAAAUGGUUAAAUUCAAGGUUCCAGAUUUUGAGCUACUACUUCUAACAGAUCCCAGGUUUACAGUUUUUGCCAAUCCUCUUUCUGGCAGACGGUCCUUUAAUAGGACUCCAAAGGGAUGGAUAUCUGAGAAUAUUCCUAUAGUGAUAACAACUGAGCCUACAGAGGAUACCACUGUACCAGAAACAGAAGACCUAUGAAAAGAAAGUUGUAUUUGCCACAAAACCUCUAAACAUAAAUGUUGCUGUUUUAUUACUCUACUUACUGGCAAAGCCACUUACAUUCUUCAUUAGUAGCAAUAAUUUAAUAGCAAUUUAGCAAUUUUCCUUUUAUCACAUUUAAAUUCAAUCUCAGAUCAAACACUAAUAAACAAUUUGAAAUCUUGUUUUAAAAA